AUGGAUCUUCUAGAUAAAUAUAAUGCUAAAGCGACAUUUUUUAUUACUGGUAUCAAUAAUGGCAAAGGGUCAAUCGAUAAUACAAGCACGGAAUACCCUGCUUUAAUUAAACGCAUGUACGAUGGUGGUCACCAACUAGCCUCUCACACCUGGUCUCACGCCGAUCUCUGCAACAUCACGUCCACACAGCGCAAAGAUGAGAUGUACAAAAAUGAGAUGGCAUUGCGGAAUAUAGUUGGCGUCAUUCCGACGUACAUGCGUCCUCCGUACUCAUCUUGCAAUGCAGAAUGUGGCUGUGAAGCAGACAUGGCCGCUUUAGGCUACCAUAUAACAUAUUUCGACCUCGAUACAUCCGACUACCUCAACGAUUCGCCAUCUCUAAUCCAAAACUCCAAAACGAUAUUUGACACUGCCAUAGCUGGUAAGUCACCAACGACCGAUGAAUUUCUAGUCAUCGGCCAUGACAUACAUAAUCAGACGGCCAAUGUGCUCGUUGAGUAUAUGUUGCAGGGGUUGCAAAAGGCGGGAUAUAAAGCUGUUACGGUGGGGGAUUGUUUGGGCGACCCGAAAAGUAAUUGGUAUAGGACUGAUACCGGAGCGACAUUGGGGAAUUGA